CUCUCCGGGCUCGCCGAAAAACGGGACUUUCCCCGCGGUGCCCCCACCGGGCACGGCCGAACCCCCGGCACGGAGCUCCGUCGUUCCGCGCUUUGUCCCGGCCCGGCCCUGCGGAGGGGGGAAGGGAGUGCCCGGCGCUGCGCGAAGCUCCGCGGCCUCGCUGCCCCCGCGCUGCCGGGAGGGACCGCAGCCCCGACCCCCUGUGCGGGAGCAGUGCGCGGUUGUUGCGGGCACCGAGCGCUGGCACCUCGGCGGUGCGGCUCUGCCAGGGUCGGGGACCGUCAUCCUGCACGGUAGAGGGGAUUCCCCUCGGGAAAGGCUCCCGCGGGCUGCUCUCAGCUGCGGUACGUUCGGGCUGCUCUCAGAACCCCCGGAUCCCCUCCCCCGCGCCCCACCGUGUCUCGGCCCUACACUGCAGUUGGGGGAAGAGCUGCCCCUGCACAGCGCAGUGUGUGAGCGGGGAGAAGGGAAGCCCGGCUGCGUUCGGUGGUUUUCCUUUUGCCUUUCUGUCCCAGAGCUGCUGCUGAACCCUCAUUUUUUCAAAACGCCGUCCCUCCCACAGCUUUCCCGUGCCGUUGGAGAGUGGGUGGGUGGAUGGAAAUACCUUUGCUGGGAUAAGGACUGGCUGCUGCGCAGGGGAUGUGGUGCUCGGCAGCCUCUCACGCGGCCCGGCUCUCAGCACGCUGUGAGCAGGGAGGUGAGGGAGGCCGCGGAUGGAGCAGUGCGGGUCCUGCCGGACAGCACUCGUGUGUGUGUUCAGCUCUGGUGUGAGCUCAGAGGGCAUGAGGGCAGGAGGUGAGAUGUGAGCUAGGCUGAGCAUCCCCACCUCUGGCGGUGCUGUCUGUGAGGGACCCACGGUGGUGCUGAGGGUACUCUGGGGCGUGCAGCUCCUCAAUAGCCAGGAGUGACACAGGUCCUUCUUCCCUCACUGAAUCCACUGCUGCCCACUCCCAAGGCAAGGAGGGACCGCAGCUCCCUGUCACCAGUGCAGCAGAGACGGGGUCUGAGCCACGCUGCAGACACCCGCUUCGAGGCGUUGUGAUGGAUGGUGGCACCUUUCCUUUCUGCAGUAUUCCCGUUAUAAAACAGAGGGAGCUGCUGUGCUUUUCUGACCGCCCGGUGAAGGUCCUGCUGUUCCAGCACUGGGUGUGCUGUACCGUGGGAUCCUCACCGCCCGGUGAGGUGCGGUGUGCAGCAGGAAGGCAUCAGGUCCGUGUCGAUGGCAGGUGCCAUGCUGGCUUUGACAGGAACCAGAGUGAGCCUGGAGAGAAGGAUCUGUGUGUGGGGAUGCAGCUUCCACUAAGUAGCCUUGCAAAAUGCGAGCUGCCAAGGAGCCCAGGUGGAGGGGUGCUGGCAGCCAAGGGCUUUCAGCAUGGCGUGCUGAGGGGCUUCCUUGGGCAGCAAGUGGGGGAGGUGCAGAGCUGGGCAAGGGCCCCAGGAGGAGGCGAGUGGCAGUGCAGGCCCUGGACAUGUGUUCCCAAUGGGGCUGCCUCCAUCUGCCCUCCCCAGAGAAGCCGCACCUCUGCCUCCUGUUCCCCCACCUCCCACCUGGGCCCUGCUCCAUAAGGAAGCAAUUAUUCUGUGCCCCCACCAGUCCCUCCCUGAGCCUGCGCAGGACACUUAGGCUCAGUAUGGAAAUGCGACAGAUUUUCCAUAUUCCACUUUGCCCCGUGAUGUUAAAAACGUACGUGACAGCCUCUUCCAAAUGCUGCAGACUUGGCUGGCACUCAGUAACAGGCAGUGUGACACCAGGGGCAUGAAACGUGGUACCCAUAGCCAGAGAGAGAGAGAACGAGAUGUCAGAGUGCAGCGCGCUUCCGGCCCCGUUGUCGUGAGCCAUCCCGUACCCGAUGUGAGAGAUCUUUCAAAGCUGGCCAAAUGUUCUCAUCUCUGAAUACCAUUUUAAAUAUUCAUCCAGACUAUUUUCAACAUCUGUGCCCGGCAUGUUGUGAAAAGGCAACAAGGGCCGUUAUGGAAACCAGAUCGCUUUAUUCCCAGUUGGAGUGGAAAGGGCAGGAGUCGUGAGGGCUCUGCGAUGGGGCCGAGCGCCCGUGGGGAGUGAUGGGAGGGUCCCCGAUGUGUGACAGAGCGAGUCGAGUGGUAGCAGAGAUGAACCAAUAUGGCAGCAUGGAGGCAGCUGUGCUCUCUGCUCCCACAAGGCUGGGGCUCGGUGGGCUGUCAGGUGAUCUGCAGCUGGUGCUGGUGGGAAGGUUUCGCCCUGCUCUGCGGUGAAUUUAGGGUCACAGUGAAGUGGGCUCAGUCCCACUGUGCCAUGAGCCUCACCCCAGCGAGGGGACAGGCUCUGCCCAGAGCUAAACGGGGCACUGCACAGCCCCAGCAGGUCCUCCCUGGGGGCAGCUCACCGAAAGCUCCCAAAGUGGGUGAUGCAUCCAAACGUCUUUGACACCUCUGUGCACAUGUCUGAGCGGCCUCGGGGUGGUUUGGGUGGACUCCUUUUUUUUGUUUUCGAUAACCUAGGAAAUCUGGGCACUGUUCCUCCCUUUUGUAACGUCAGACUGAAGCUAAUUCAAGCCAGGCCAGAUGCUGACCACAGGUAUGCCAGUGUAAAUUUGAAUGGAGUCGCUUACGUCUUGCUUGGCCUGGUCUGAAUGGAGCUGCUUCUGUCUGAUGCCAGAGGGGCUGAGGUCAGAAUCUGGACCAUCCUUUCCUGCGUGCGGGGUAAUAUGUAUGCGUCUCUUGGCACUGCUGGGGUACCGUAUGGCUUGUGUAAUGCUGCCUCCAGCCUGCCAGAGAGUAUUGCAAUAGCUAUCGCCGAGCGCCUGCUGCGGGAGCGCGCUGCCUCGCAUCGCCCACAUGAGCCAUGUGCACAGUGUGGGGCACGGGCUGGAAGCCUGAGGGGCUGCAAGGAGUGAGCAGCUCCGCAAUAGGGGAGCGGUUGUGGGUCUGUAUGCAUUGACAGCCCUCCGGAAUCAGAAAUGAAGGGGGAAAAGGGAGCUCGGCCAGGACUGUGCUGCACGGGAGCCACAGCCUCGUCCUGGUGGGCGGCUGCUCCAGUGCCCACAGCCUUAGCCUGUCCCUGAUGUUCGCAGUCCCACUGUGGCACGCUCGCCUCUGCCUCGCCCCUUCCUGCCCAAAAGCCAAGCCUGCUCCCAGUGCAUGGGGUUUUUCCUUUCCUUUUAAGUAUUUCUCUGUUGUGUUUUUGUCCUAACGACACAUGGAAUGAUUUAUCCAUGUCCAGAGCCCGAUUUUGGUCCUGGUGCAUGCCUCUUGCUGGGGGCCCGAAGCCCCCAGCUGGCACGGGCUCGGCAGGCACAUAAAGAAGGGCUCCAUGGCCUCCCAGCUCCUGGGCCAGAUGCCUCAUGGGUCUUUCCUGCAGCUCAUGUGGCCGUGGGGCGGAGCCCCUCAUCUGCUCAGGUCCCCUGUGCCCUGCUGGAUGCUUCCACCCCUCACUGCGCCGUGCUGCAUGGAGCCCUGUGGGUCCAGCAUCCUGCAUAUCUGCCCACACCCAGCGGGGACCAGACACCCUCUACUCAAGCACAGGGCUUGAUAGGGCUAGGUGAGCCUAAUGCGCUUCCCCUGCCCUUUGUGGGCUCAUUACCCAGCUGUGGCCCAUGUGCUAAAUGGCAUCUGCCAGUGCAUGACUCAGGCCUCCAUUGCACCCUGGAGUGCUGCUGCGGUGGCCGGGCUGCAGCGCGUGGUGUGGCCAUUGCUCAGGCUGCUCGCGGCUUCCCUGCUGCUUUAAUUGGAGAAGGCUGCUCCAGCGCCGCAAAGGUCCUGGGAUCAAAUCUGGCUAAUAACCGCCUUCCCUCCCCUCCCCAUGUUGUUCCACUUAAUCCUAUAAUUACCUCUGCAAAGCUGCCGCGGCCUCACUCUGCUCCCCAGUGACCCUGGACCUGCUGCAGGCACCGGGGUCAGCGCUGGGAAGUGUGUUCUUCCCGUGCCGCUCACCUGCUGCACCUGCCUUCGUGCAUCCAGUCUUUGCACUGAUGGCAAUGAGCACCCAGCCAGCGCUAGGAGCUGUGUUCAGCAUCCAAACCCAGCACAUCUGCAGCACUGUGCCUACAGGGGGAGAAUGGAGUGUCUGCAUCUUUCCAGUGACACCCCAGCAUAUCUGCAGAACCAUGGGUGCCCCUGGCAGUACCGCUCUGGGGCUCAGGGUUGUGGAGAUGCCGUGCAUAGCAGCUAAUUUUUAAAGUGCAAAGCACUUCCGAGUGUGAAGGCAUGGGGACUUUCUUCCAAACCGCAUGGCUGUUAACAUUCCCCAACCAGAGGAGUGAGGAAAUCACCCACCUCAAAAAUGCAACCGCCACUGGGGAGGAGCGUGGCCACGGCAGCAGCUGGGACAGAGGCUGCGGCCUUGGGGGGGUUGGCAAUCCCUGUGCCACACUCCUGCUGUAGCUGGCAUCGUGUCCUCACCCGGCUGGAAGGCGUGAGGGAACCUCACCCUCGCCCUCGGGCCAUGGAGGGCCAAAUCCAUCCUGAUGCAGGGUCAGCAUUGCUCCUUGGAUGCCUUCUCCAGCACUCAGCUGGCAGUGUCUCCAUUAGGUUUGAAGCAAUGGCACCAAAGAGGGAAGUGGAAGGGGGGGCAUGUGGAGCUAGGAGAGAAAUACCCACUGCCGGGCCUCCCUGGCAGCUUGCCGGCAGCCCAGGGGUCACGCUGAAUAUGCAUAAAAGGGAGCAGAUUGCAGCUGCCCUCCUCUCCGAUGCAGAGGUGAGACCCGUGGAGACCACCGGCCCCGGCUCCCUUUCAGUGGGAUAAUGGGGUGAGCUGCACACGGAGCGUGUGUGCAUGUGUGUGGUCUGGCAGAUGAUAAUGAUUUCCAUUCACACGGUGCCUCUGCAGUGCCGACACGCCACUCGGCAGGCACUGGGGCCCGGCUCCCCCACGGCUGCUCCCCAGCAUAGCCCCAAAAGUUUGGGCAUCAGAGCACAGUGUAGGGCAGGAAGGCCUGUGUCAAGGGGGUCAUCCCACUGGUUAUCCAUCCUUCCAGAGUUGUCCCCUUGUGCUGCAUAGGGCUGGGGGUCGGGGUGGUGGCUGCGCCCCAUCCGUUCCCUCCCCGGGGCAGGAAGGGGAGUUCCCUGCUCAUGUGGGAUGUGAGCAAUGGGAGAGCUGGAAGCUCGUGGGAAACAUGGGGCUGUUCUAGGCUCUGUGUGGGGCAUCUCACUGGCGUGCACUAGGCAGACAUGGGCAACAGAGCCCAGCAUGUGGGGCAAGUGAUGGCCAGAGCAACUUGGGCAGCUCCCCCUGUGCUCAGCAUGAGCCUCAUCCCCUUGGCAGGACACGGGGUGAAUGUGCAGGGAGCAAGCAAACAGACUGAACUGCACCAGGGGGCUUGGAACGUGGCUCAGCUGCAGUGCAGCUCUUGGGGAGCACCCAGCAGCUUGCUGCCAGCACAAAGCUGCUAAGUUUGCAGGGGAAGAUCAGGAAAAAAAUGGUUUGGAAAGGUCAGAAAAAAUCCCGAUGGGGAAGGUUUUGUUGGAGCCCAGGAACACAGAGAUGCUCUCCUGCUAUGAGAGGUAAAGCACAUGGUGCAAACCUGGCUGGAGGUGGUGGAGCAUAGGCAGGGCUCUGCUGAGUGCAAGUCCUCGUGCUCCUGCACUGCCGCUCCCUGGGUGAUGUUCCCCUGCUCACUGCAGGUGUCCUGCAAGCAGCAGUGAUGCCACGUGCACAGAAGCAGGUAGAUGGUUUAAGGUCAGGGUGGCUGCAUCCCCGUUCGUUUCCAUCACAGUCUGCCCAGGAAGAAUAGGGUUUGGGGUGAGGCACAUCUCCUGUAGCUCCAGCCUCUGCCAGCUUUAAUGCAGCAGUGCUUGCAGAGUGGCACAGCGUUUCCUGCUCUGCAGUGACAGCUCCGUGCCUGCUGCCCACAGGCCUGCUGCUGGGCAUGGCCUUGGACAAUGCUCUCCUCUCUAGAGUUGUCCCCAUGUUCACCUCUGCUCUAUCUGUGCCACCCACUCACUGUGCUUUUGGCACAAGAGAUUCUUGGUGCUGCUUGCUGAGUGCCUGGCCACUGAGCCACGCACAGGGCUGUCCCCGAGCGGCUCUGCAAGUAGCAGAGGAUGUGCUGCUGGGCAGUGCAAGCCACCAAGUUGGCUGCAGUCACUCCUCUCCCAUCCGUGGUGGUGGAGCAGAGGGAAGGGCUCGUCCGCAGUGGGGAACUCCCUGCACACCAGCUGCUGUUGCCCUCCCUGCUGCCUGCUGCUGGCUCAGGGGCUGCAGAGCUGGGCCUGGCCGGGCAGGGAGGAGCUUCCCCCAUUAGUGGUUUGGCAGCCUGGCUGGGGUGAGCUCCCUUCCACAGCAAAGGGAAAAUAACACAGAGCAAUAGAAACAGGGCUGUCCACAGCAGCAGGAGCGUUCUGCUGGGAGCAGUGCAGGGGCUGAGAACCAACACUUUGUUCCUGGGAGUGCAGCACAGAGCCAUCCUGCAGCACUGUGCUGGGGGCACAGGGGUGGUGGGGGCUUCUACCCCACUGGAGGAGCAAGGCCAGAGGGAGCUCCUGGCAUUGGGAAUGCUGUGGCUGUGUGGCAGUGGGGUUUGCAGGGAGGUUGGCCUCUGGCUUGCAACCACCUCAGGGUCAGCAACAAGGGAGAUGUGUGAUGGUUCACCUCACAGAGAGGCAGAGCAGAAUUGGGUGCUGACCCCAGCAAGCUGUGACACUGCUGUGGGGCUUAGUCCCAUCCUCGUGCUCUUGAUGUAGGGAGCUUCAGCUCAGGGGCAUCACCUCCUGCAUGCGGGGUUGUGCAUGAAAGCCUGAUGAUAUCCAUGGGUGUGAAUGUCCUCAUCCUGCCUGAAACCUGCAGGGUGUUUGUGCAGGAAGGGGCUGUUUCUGACUUACUCCUUCCAAUGCUGUCGGUAGGGCAUCCUGAGAUGAUGCUGUGGCAGGGCACAGUAUGGGAGGACAUUUGCAGCCCAAUGCUCAGGUGUUGAGCUCAUCCCUGCACCCUGUGCCCCUGCGCCACGCUAUGGGUGCGCCAUGCCCUGCCGUCCCUCACUCUGUGCUCUCAUCCCAGGGAGGAUGGAGGCCCCACAGCUCCUGCGCCUGCUGCUCACCACCAGCGUGCUGCGCCUGGCACAGACCGCAAACCCCUUCGUGGCUCAGCAGACACCCCCGGACCCCUGCUAUGAUGAGAGCGGGGCUCCCCGCCGCUGCAUCCCCGAGUUUGUCAACGCUGCCUUCGGGAAGGAGGUGCAGGCUUCCAGCACCUGUGGGAAGCCCCCGACUCGGCACUGCGAUGCCUCGGACCCCCGCCGAGCCCACCCACCCGCCUACCUGACCGACCUCAACACCGCCGCCAACAUGACGUGCUGGCGCUCCGAGACCCUGCACCACCUGCCCCACAACGUCACCCUCACCCUCUCCCUCGGCAAGAAGUUCGAGGUGGUCUACGUCAGCCUCCAGUUCUGCUCGCCCCGGCCGGAGUCCACCGCCAUCUUCAAGUCCAUGGACUAUGGCAAGACGUGGGUGCCCUACCAGUACUACUCCUCACAGUGCCGCAAGAUCUACGGCAAGCCCAGCAAGGCCACCGUCACCAAGCAGAACGAGCAGGAGGCACUGUGCACCGACGGCCUCACCGACCUCUACCCGCUCACCGGCGGCCUCAUCGCCUUCAGCACGCUCGACGGGCGGCCCUCGGCCCAGGACUUUGACAGCAGCCCUGUGCUGCAGGACUGGGUGACGGCCACUGACAUCCGGGUGGUGUUCAGCCGUCCCCACCUCUUCCGUGAGCUGGGGGGCCGCGAGGCUGGCGAGGAGGACGGGGGGGCCGGGCCCACCCCCUAUUACUACUCGGUGGGCGAGCUGCAGGUCGGCGGGCGCUGCAAGUGCAACGGGCACGCCUCGCGCUGCGUCAAGGACAAGGAGCAGAAGCUGGUGUGCGACUGCAAGCACAACACCGAGGGGCCCGAGUGCGACCGCUGCAAGCCCUUCCACUACGACCGGCCGUGGCAGCGGGCCAGCGCCCGCGAGGCCAACGAGUGCCUGGCCUGCAACUGCAACCUGCACGCCCGGCGCUGCCGCUUCAACAUGGAGCUGUACAAACUGUCGGGCAGGAAGAGCGGCGGCGUUUGCCUCAACUGCCGACACAACACGGCUGGGAGGCACUGCCACUACUGCAAGGAGGGCUUCUACCGGGACCUCAGCAAGUCCAUCACCGACCGCAAGGCCUGCAAAGCCUGUGACUGCCACCCGGUCGGAGCUGCUGGCAAGACCUGCAACCAAACAACAGGGCAGUGCCCAUGCAAGGACGGCGUGACCGGCCUCACCUGCAACCGCUGCGCCAAGGGCUUCCAGCAGAGCCGCUCGCCCGUGGCCCCCUGCAUCAAGAUCCCUGCCAUCAAUCCGACCUCUCUCAUCACCAGCACGGAGGCACCUGCAGACUGUGACUCCUACUGCAAGCCAGCCAAAGGCAACUACAAGAUUAACAUGAAGAAGUACUGCAAGAAGGAUUAUGUGGUCCAAGUGAACAUUUUGGAAAUGGAGACGGUGGCCAACUGGGCCAAGUUCACCAUCAACAUCCUCUCCGUCUACAAGUGCCGCGACGAGCGGGUCAAGCGUGGAGACAACUUCUUGUGGAUCCAUCUCAAGGACCUGUCCUGCAAGUGCCCCAAAAUCCAGAUCAGCAAGAAGUACCUGGUGAUGGGGAUCAGCGAGAACUCCACCGACCGGCCGGGACUGAUGGCCGACAAGAACAGCCUGGUCAUCCAAUGGAGGGAUGCCUGGACUCGCCGUCUUCGGAAACUUCAGCGGCGGGAGAAGAAAGGGAAGUGUGUGAAGCCCUGAGGGCCUCGUGCCCCACGCAGGUCCCGGCCCGGCUGCACACCCAGCCCGUGCCCAGAGACUCUGUACAUACGUAUGUGUGAACGGACUCUUCUGUCUAUAGUGUAUAUUUUGGCAAUGGUUCCCCUUUGUGUGUGCGUGUGCACGCGUGGGUGUGUGUGUGCGUGGGCCUCCUUCUCCCAGUGUGUAUUGAAAGUAAGGUGGUAAUGACAAACCUUGAAUGAGGAGCAAAGCAGAGGGGGUCCUGUGGGUGCCUGUUGCCAGAAGGAGCUUGAGGGGCUGGUUUCUUGCUCCGGGCAUGCUGCUCCUCGUCCUUCUGUCCUAGUCUCUCUUUCCCCUUGUACAAAACCUUCUGCCCAGUGCUGCUGUCUGAGCUCGCAGCUCUCUCUGCUGUGUGCUGAGAGCCUGCUUCCCCCUCACAUGCGCUGCUCUCAGCUCUCAUGCCCCUCUUCUUGUGCAGCAGGGACAGGAGGUCAGUUUCCUCCCUCCCCGUGCACACACGGACUGGCUGGGUGGAGAGCAUCCAGCGCUGCAGGACCAGCCCCAGGAGCUGCGCUGGGAGAACCAGGUGACCUUUCUCCAGACCUGAUCCUGCAGGACCUCAGCUUUACACGGACUGGUGCUGCUGCCCAGGGGCAGGACCCAUGGAAAUCUUGAGGACAGCCAGGGUUGUUGGCCACCACCCCACAGAGCUGUGCUCAGCAGGGAGCAGGGGACUGCCUGUCCUGGUGCAUGGCCCAGGUGACCCAACAGGAAAGACCUGCAGAUACCCAUAUUCUCCUCUUGUGCCAGCUCUGCGUGCUGCUGUGACCUUGGCCGUGCCAGAGGUGCAGAGGCAGAGGUGGCAGGAAGAGAGAAGAGCUUUUGCUGACCAACCUCCAGUCUUUUAUUUCUUCUUCAUACUGUAUUAGUCUCCAGUUCAAACAGACAUCAGUUUCUUUCCAUGUUGAGGUUAUAGUGGUCUCAGCAUAAUAAACAUGAGUGGAAAUAAUAGUUGAUCUGACAAUAGAUAUUCCUUUCCAUAUAAACCUUGCCUGUUUAGGAGGGCUGCGAGGCUCAGCAAGGUGUUGCAGCCUGUGCUGCAGUCUCCUGGAGUGCUAGGAGGAUGCUUCAGCCUUCUGAGCCCAUCACAUGGUGAGCGGCCACCCCAUCCCAGGGGUGUCUGCAGCAGAAGAGAUGGCACAGCCCUGGGGCAUCAGGUCAGGGGAGUUUGGGGAGUGAGGAUCUACGCACUUGGAGAAGCUGUUGAAGAUACCAAUGGUUGCUUUUCAGAGACACUUGGGGCCAGCAGUGCUGUGCUUCUGGCUCUGCGGAUGCCACUUUGCUCUGCAGGGGACGGGCAGAACUGGAGUAGCAGAGGGGCAAAGCGUGAGUUGAGCCCAUGUGGUUUUGGAUGAGUUGCUCCUGUGCUACGCUUCCAACUCAGCUUCCUUCCCUGCUCUGGAUGAGUUAAAGGGACUUUCCCAUCCCUAGUACUGCUUGUUCUGGUUGUCACAGGCCAUCAGCCUCUGCCACAAGAUGUCCCUUGAAGUACACAGACACCCAGCCCUCUUACUCCUGCUGCUGCUCGCACCCAGCAACCCCUGGCCGGACACACCGCUGUUGUCAUGUUGGAGCUGGGCAGAGGCAUUCUCAGCUGUGCAUGGAGGAACUCAGCAUUGCACUGGGAUCUGCCGGGCCCUCUCCUCCUCAGCCACAGCUGUGGAAGAGCAGCAGAGCAUGAAUGCUGCCUAGGACAGGACUGCAGUAGGAGCAUGCAACCUCCAAGCAUGCACAGCCUUGGGCGGAGGCGUGAAGAUCCCAUGUUCCCCAAAAUCCACUCCACACAUACUGCAGGAUGGGAAGCUCCAGGUUUUCCUUUGGCACCUGUCUCCUCUUCACCUGAAGUCGUCUCUAAAGCUCUGGGAGGACUUUGGUGUUGGCAGCUGCUGUUUGGGAUUUAUCCUUCCUUCUCUUCAGCCCCCAGGACGAGUGAUCCCAGCAGUGUCUCAUCCUGCUGGGGCCCUGCACCGUGCAGCCCAGAACCACCAGACAGCUGCCAUCACAUUAACCAGAGCUGGGCACCAGCUGCAGGCAGGGACCCACAUUUGGAGGCCCAGCAGUUCUGCCGGGGGUGCUCUGAGAUGUGUGUGUAACUCCCACGUGUCUGCAUGCCUUUUUGUCACCUCUUCCCAUUUGCUUUAGAACUGAAGCGUAUCACCAGGUGGAGUAGACCCAGGAGACUGGCAGGAUCAUUUUGGGGACCCCUAUGUGGGUUCGGGGGGGCUUUGCUGGGCUUUCUGGUCUGCUGAGAUGUGCAAUAUAUGUACCACCUGGGGCACCCAUGAGAGCCGUGUCAAACAUGUACAAAGAAAAGCCAGCAGAUGCUAUGGACCACAGUGUAACAUAUAUAUGUACGUUUGUUUUUUAUUAUUAUUUUAUUAUUAUUA